AUGGCAGAUGAAGAGCAUAUUCGGCAUUGCAUGCUUUACGAAUUCCAGUUGGGAAGAAAAGCAAAUGAGGCUGCAAAAAAUAUCUGUAAUGCCUUGGGUCAAGAUACUGUUGGAGUAAGAAAAUGUCAGCGUUGGUUUAAGAAAUUUCGCGAGGGAAAUUUUUCGUUGAAUGACGAGACUGGUCGAGGUCGUGUGUCUAAUUUUGAUCAGGAAACACUUCAGGCUCUUUUGAUUAAAAAUCCUCAAAUAACGCAACAAGAGCUUGCGACAGCUUUAAACUGUUCGCAAAAAACUAUUUGCAAUCAAUUGCGGUCACUUGGUAAGGUCCAAAAGUUUGGAAAUGCACAAUUGGAAAUUUUAGACCGAGCUUUGAGAGAAAAGGAACCCGCGCUGAUUAAUCAGAAUGGCGUAAUUUUUCAUCACGAUAACGCACGACCGCAUACUGCAAGAAUCAUGGCGAAAAAAAAACUACGCCAGUUAGGAUAG